AUGGAGAGCCUAUUCUACGCUCUUGGUAUCCUCCUGUCUGGGGCUCUCAUCUUCCACUUCCUGUCACAGUUCAGCAUCUCAAUAUGGGUGAUCUAUUUUAUUGUGGGCAAAAUGUGGCCCUUUAUGAGCGCCCAUCAGCCAUGGGACCCGAUCGGGGAUAAGAUAGACGACGCCGUCAAUAAUACCAUCGGCGAUGCUUUAGAUAACUUACCUUCGCUGUGCGGUGAUCUAGUCCCCAGGAGGAAGGGCGGACUCGGAGGCGGAAGGAAGGGGGGGAGGCACAGGCAGCACGGGUUAUGCGAAGACGACGGCUGGGAUGGCGACCCGCUGGCCAUGAUUGUCAUCUCGGGCUUCUAUGGGGUCAUGUGCCUCCUCCUGCUCCUGUGGUGCGCGUACAUCUUCGCCAAGGUCGUCCGGCUGGGCGGCCGGCGGCGGCAGGAGGGGGCCGCCAUCAGGACCGUCCUGCACCUGACGGCCAACAGGCUCGCCACGCCCGCCUUCGCGGCCGUGAUCUUUCUCGGCUGGUACCUGGUCUGGGGCUCCUGGACCUGGUUUGCGCAGUGCAGGCCCCUGACCAACAUGAGCUAUCUCAACUUCGCCAACGCCCUGAUGCUUACCGUGCCGGAGGCGGUAUUCACCGUGGCGUGGUUGGUGGGGAUGGGCGGCGAAAUUGCCUGGCAUGUUAGAAGUCAGCGUCAGGAUGAAAUACCGUUACACAAUUUAGGUCCUCCUCUUGGGCCGAAUCCGCUUGCGAAUGUGUUCCCCGACCAGGCUGCUCCUGCUGCUCCGGGAGGGGGAGGAGGCGGUGGCGGAGAAGGUGGAGGUGGAGGUGGAGGAGGUGGAGGAGGUGAUGGUGAUGGCCGUUGA